AUGGAGGCAGGGUUCACCAUCGACAAGACCCUCUUCAACGCAUUCUUCCGCCUUUGUGUUCGGAAGGAGGGCGUUGCCCGGGCUGAGCGCCGUUUGCAGCAACUCCUGGAGCUGAGGCACGCCCCAGACAAGACAACUUUUGGCAUCCUUUUGGAUGCCCAUGCGAAGAAGGGCGACGUGACUGCCUGUCAGAAAUGGCUGAAGCGAAUGGAGGCCAUUUUGUAG